AUGGAGGCCGAGUCUCAAGCAGAGAACAUGAAUGAGGAACAAACCUACGAAUGGGAAAGCAUAACAACAGAGCUAAACAUCACAAAACCAGUGAAUGAGAUUCAAAUAUGUGACGUCCUAGGCAAGAGUCUCGACAAACUGGGAAAAUGGGAAGCAUUCUACGAAAUGUAUGCGAAACGGAUGGGUUUCGGCACAAGAAAAGAUGAUGUACGACGUUCUCACGGAGUCAUCGUAAUGCGCGAGUGGGUUUGUUGUUCCGAGGGUUACAAAAGAAUCACAAUAACGGAAACACAAAGAAAAAAGAGACCUCAUGAUGUCACUAGAACCGGAUGUCAGGCAGCAUUACGUAUUUUACUCACACAACCGUCUAACACUUGGAAAUGCAAAGAGUUCAGCACAAUACACAAUCACGACCUCGCUUCAUCAAGUGAGGUACAAUUUUUGAGAUCAUACCGAGUAGUGUCCGAUGGCUUGCUUGCCCAAGUUAGGUCGAUGAACUCAGUUGGAAUUAAAACUGCCAACAUAAUGUCUCAUGUUGCUUUGCAAAGUGGAGGUUACGAGAGAAUGCCAUGUCAACUUCGAGAUGUCUACAACAGGGUUGCUGGUGCCAAGCGAGAAGAAAAGAUAGAGACGGACUCGGAAGGAGCGUUGGGAUUUCUUGAUUGUCUCGCAGAGAGGGAUCCAAAUUUCUUCGUUGUAUAUCAGGUGGACGAGGAGAAUCGAUUGGCUAACUUAUUUUGGGCAGAUGGAAACUCACGUGUCGACUAUGUGGCUUUUGGGGAUGUACUAGGGUUUGAUACCACCUACAUGACAAAUGAGUACAAUAAGCCUCUCACUGUUCUCAUUGGCGUAAACCACCAUUUCAACACAUGCAUCUUCGGGUUCGCUCUACUCCUCCACGAGAAGCUUCCAUCCUAUCGUUGGCUACUUCAAAAAUUUCUCGAAUGCCAUGGAGAUAAGAAGCCAAAUGUUGUAGUUACUGACCAAGAUGUGGCCAUGAAACAGGCCAUCAUGGAACACAUGCCUGAUGUGACACACCGUCUAUGUGCUUGGCAUCUCAAUACAAAUGCUUCCAAAAAGGUUAAAGAUCCGAUCUUCUUGAAAAUGUUUAAAGAUCUAAUGUACAACUACUACGAGGAGGAGGAUUUCGAAGCAAGAUGGUUAGACGUCGUCGAAACCCAACAACUAACAGAUAAUGAAUGGUGCCAAACAACAUUCGACACAAGAAAACAGUGGGCAGAAACUUAUUUAAGGGGUUCAUUCGUUGCAGGAAUGAGAACCACACAACGUUGCGAAUCGAUCAACUCAGCCCUAAAAAAAUUUUUAGAGAAGAAUUAUUGCUUGCGUGAGUUCGUAACAACCAUAGAUAUGACAGUCUCAAAGCUCAGACACAACGAGACUGCAAAUGACUUCAAAAGCAGAUGCACUCGACCUCACCCACCUAAUCCUACAUGCUUGACCACGUACUACAACCAAUGUGCUGAAUUCUACACAAGAACUAUGUACCACAAGGUUGCUGAGCAGCUUGAUUUAGAGAAUAAUUAUUUUGUCAUAAGUGAGGAGCAAGAAGGAGAGUGGCAGAUAUACACCAUUGGAAAGUUUCAGCAUCCGGAAGUCCGAUACCGAGUUCAUUACUGUGAAGGCCAACGAGCACUACACUGUAGCUGCAUGCUAUAUGAAAGUCAGGGGUACCCUUGUAGACAUUUAUGGGCUACAAUGAAAAGAUUAAACAUCAGAAGAAUACCUAAUACUCUUCUCAUGAAGCGAUGGAGCAAAUCCGCGAAGACAAAUCUCCACCUACAUUUUAACCCCCCGGCCCAAGAACAACAACACAUUUAUGAGAUGGCUAGGUUUGGAUCUCUCAGCUCAUUAACUUAUAACUUGACUUUCUAUGCAGCAAAAACAGAGGAUUCGUACACGCGUGCAAAGGAAGAGAUUGAACGGCUAACUCUAAUGUUCAAGGAAGAAUUUGAGAUGAGUUCCAAUCCAGAAGGACAGACGCCACAACCUGGAAGAUAUCGUAACAACCCCAACAUUAUUAAAGACCCUGAAGUUGUGAGAACAAAGGGUACGGGAAAUCCAAGGGAAGGACCGAACGGGGAGCAGAUCCCAAGAAACUCAAGACAUUGUCGCAUUUGUCGCUCAUCAGGCCAUGAUUAUCGGCGGUGCCCAAACCGUCAACAGAAUACUGGAUCUCAGGGGCAACAGUCAGCACACAAUCAACCAACAACUGACUCAUUCAAUGAACACUCCAACGCGUAUUUCCCUGAACCGCCUUCCUCCACACAAGAAUCAUACUAUGGUCAUUCAUAUAUAUAA